AUGAAGGGUCAGCUUGCGACGCAACGCCCUGGCGGGGCGGGCGGCUGGCUCGACCGCACCCAAUGCAUCACAUGGCAGUGGUUCACGUUUUCGAUGAGCACGGGCGGGCUGGCCAUCCUGCUCUACAGCAUCGUCCACCGCUUCGACGGCCUGGACACCAUUGGCACCAUCGUCUUCAUCGCCAACCUCGUCAUCUUCGUCGCGCUCGUCGUCGGCGUCUGCCUUCGCUUCGCCACGCAUCGGGGCGCCCUGACCCGCUCCCUGACCGACCCCUCGGAGCUCUUCUUCAUGCCCACCGUCUUGCUCGCCGUCUCGACCAUCAUCACGGGCGCGGCCAACUACGGCAUGACCAAGACGGGGCCCUGGCUCGGAUCGACGCUCCAGGUCAUCUUCUGGAUCCACCUGGGCGUCUGCCUGCUGCAGAGCUGGACGACCUACCUCACCAUCUUUGGCGGCGGCCACAAGCUCAAGAUCGCAGACUACACGCCCGGGUGGAUCUUGCCCUUCCUGCCGCUAAUGCUGCUCGGCACCGUCGCGGCGAGCAUCGUUCCGCUGCUGACGCCCGGCGAUGCGCUCAACGUGGCCGUGGGGGGCCUCAUCCUCCAGGGGCUGGGCUUCAUCCUCUCGCUGCUCGAGUUCGCCCUCUACCUCUUCCGCCUCUCGAUCUACGGCCUCCCUCCGCCGGCCGCGAGGCCGACCAUGUUCAUCGCCGUCGGACCGCCGGCAUUCACGUCAUACGCGCUGCUGCGGCUGAGCGAGAACGCGUCGAGCUACGUCACGGACCAGACGCUGACGCCGCCGGUGCCCAACCUGGCGCCCAUGAUUGAGCUGGUGGCGACGCUGUUUGCGCUCCUCAUCUGGGGGCUGGCGCUGUGGUUCUUUGUGCUGGCGCUGGCGUGCAACGUGGCUGCGGCGGUGCGGCGGCGUCGGUUGAAGUUUGGCAUCGCGUGGUGGUCCUUUGUCUUUCCCAACGUGGGCUGGGCGCUGUCGACCAACGAGAUCGGCAAGGUGCUAGGCAGCAACGCCAUCACCUGGGUGGCGGCCGUCAUGACGAUCAUGCUGGUGGCCGUGUGGCUGCUGCUGCUGUUUCGCUUUGCGUACGCGGUGCUGUCCGGCGCCAUGUUCCGCAUCCCCCUGGACGACCAGAGGGAAGAGGAGCGGGCGGACGAGCCGAGGCGGCUGUGGCACCAAGACGGGCAGGGUCACGGGGUGGCCUCAAACGGGCUCGACGGCCAGACGCUGCACGGCGCCGAGAGGGCCUGA